AUGAAUAAUGUGAGCGUUGGGGGCGACAGUGGAAUUACUCACACAGUGGUGAGAGAGACAUCAAGUAGAGCCCAGAGCAGAGGAGGGAGAAGGCAACAUCCUUCAGCUUUGGUCCACUCUGCCUCUGAGGGCUGCGUUCUAACCGGAUCCACUGUGAGCAUCAGAAUCGAGAUGAACAUCGAGGUUGGGAACGUUUCUUAUACGGGAGCCAUCAUUUCCUGGUCGUCCUCGGAGCCCUGCCUGGAGGACUAUUACCAUAUUAUGUAUAGGCCCAAUUGGAACAGCAUCUUCUCUGGCUAUCUUCGCUACAGCUUCCACCACGAGGAGAAGGUGCCUCGAACAAUCAGCUCCGUGGUGCUGGAACACCUCACCCCUUCCACUCUCUACUUCCUGUGCAUCAGCUGCAAGAAGAUCCUCUUCCCCUACAGGCACUACUGCACCAUGUUCCACACCCUGGAUAAGAGUCCACUGGCUGCGGGAAGUUCCCUGGUGGACCCCCAGAUCUCCCUUUGGGUGCUGAUGGCCAUUCUGCUGGCCUGCUUCAUAGCAGUCUUAGCUUUCAUCUGCCUCCAGUUCUGGUGUAUCCGUUGCCAUGAGCCUCGAUGGUCCUACAGAGCCGGCCUCAUGGAGGAAGCCAAUGGCCUGGUGAGAUGGCCAGAGGAGGCCCCGGGUCUGGGUCAGGGGGAGGAAGACCUGCAGGGGCUCCCCCUGGUGGAAGUGCCACGCAAGAACUCCGGAUCUGACGCGGAACCAGAAGCCGCAGUCGCAGAGGCCGAACAGGAUGCCCCCGACGUGGCUGCCCUGAAGAGGGAGGGCGGUGUUCAUCCUGCCGCACUGCCUCAUUUUGGGGAGUGA